UGUGACGUGCCUGUCAAACGCGAGUCAGUAAGGAGCUAGCCACUGAGUGUUAGCAGAUAUAUAUGUUUUGUAUCUCUUGUGUUAGCUUAUUGACUAGCAGAACAUUUUGUAGGAGAAAUAUUUAGCUACUUCUUUCAGAUUUAUGUGUCAAUUAAGUUGUAUUAAGUGGUCGGUCAAGACCAACAUGGGAUGAUACGGAAUUUUGCUAACGCGUUAUCAUUUUUGUGUCCUCUCGCUAACAUAGCAAGUUAGUUAGCUAAUCAAUUUGCUUGCUAUUUGUUUGGAUGUCAUGGCUUCGACGAAUGACAGAGGAAUUCUCUUAAGGUUACCUCCACGGAUUAAAGACACUAUUUGAUCGGCGGGUUGGACUUGACAUUUCAGACGUACCUUUUUCUAACGUUUCCCAAAAGUGUUUUGUUAUUGUCACUAACGGUACAGUACUGUGGCUGACUAACUAACGAGUUAGUGCAUAGCUAGCUAAAACGAAACAACAGUUAUCUUCAACUGGUUUGAUAAUUUAUCGGGAAGUCAACUAGGUAACUACCAAGACUCCACAAUGCAUGACGCUUACGAAACGGUCCCUAUCCUGGAGAAACUGCCUCUUCAGAUUGACUGUCUUGCGGCUUGGGAGGAAUGGCUUCUGGUAGGGACUAAACCAGGCCAUCUCCUGCUCUACAGGAUAAAAAAGGAUGCAGGUAGCAACCGGUUUGAGGUGACUCUGGAGAAGUCCAACAAGAACUUCUCCAAGAAGAUCCAGCAGCUGUUUGUUGUGUCUCAGUACAAGGUCCUCAUCAGUCUGUUAGAGAACAACAUCCAUGUACAUGACCUUUUGACCUUCCAGCAGAUUACUGUCGUCUCCAAGGCCAGAGGGGCAACGCUCUUCGCCUGUGACCUGCAGCAGUCCCCCUCGGGAGAAGCCCAGCUGAGGAUGUGUGUUGCUGUGAAGAAGAAGCUUCAGCUGUACUACUGGAAGGACAGAGAGUUCUACGAGCUACAGGGGGACUUUUCUGCUCCGGACAUCCCGAAGUCCAUGGCCUGGUGUCAAAACUCCAUCUGUGUCGGGUUCAAGAGGGACUACUACCUCAUCCGGAUGGAUGGUCGUGGUUCCAUCAAGGAGCUCUUCCCCACGGGGAAGCAGCUGGAGCCCCUGGUGGUCCCUCUGGCUGAUGGGAAGGUGGCGGUGGGUCAGGAUGACCUCACGGUGGUGCUCAACGAGGAGGGGGUCUGCACUCAGAAGUGUGCUCUCAACUGGACCGACAUCCCCAUCGCAAUGGAACAUCAGUCCCCCUACAUCAUAGCUGUCCUGCCCCGCUAUGUGGAGAUCAGGACCUUUGAACCCAGACUGCUGAUCCAGAGUGUGGAGCUGCAGAGACCACGAUUCAUCACCUCAGCUGGGCCCAAUAUAGUGUACGUUGCCAGCAACCAUUUUGUGUGGCGCCUGGUACCUGUGUCCAUCGCCAGCCAGAUCAGACAGUUACUACAGGACAAGCAAUUUGAACUGGCCCUCCAAUUGGCCAAUAUGAAGGACGAUGUGGAAGGAGACAAGAGACAGCAGAUUCACCACAUCCAGAAUCUCUAUGCCUUCAACCUGUUCUGUCAGAAGAGGUUCGACGACUCCAUGCAGGUGUUCGCUAAGCUCGGCACAGAUCCGACCCAUGUGAUUGGUCUGUAUCCCGACCUGCUCCCCGCUGACUACCGUAAACAGCUGCACUACCCCAACCCCCUGCCCAGUCUGUCUGGAGCAGAGCUGGAGAAGGCUCACCUCGCGCUCAUAGACUACCUGACACAGAAACGCAGUCACCUGGUGAAGCAGCUGAAUGACUCGAACCCGUCCACCCCGUCUCCCCUCAUGGAAGGAAUUCCCACCAUCAAGAGCAGGAAGAAACUCCUGCAGAUCAUCGACACCACGCUGCUCAAAUGCUACCUGCAUACGUACUCCCCAUUCCGUUGUAAUGCUACCUGCAUGGUACGUAUGGAUCCCUCAGACGUACUCCCCAUUCCGUUGUAA